CAGUACGGUAUAUCCAAUCAUACCUGUACGGAACACGAAACCCUGUAAAUGGGAUAAGCCAUCAUGUCGCUUCGCCUCGCAAGAACAACAAACAUCGUAUUUMAUUGUGCUCGACGGAAUACGAUAAGGCAACAACGUACAGUGGCUACUAAUACCAUGGGUGUAACGAAAGAGAUAAUUCGGGAGGGGAACGGGUCCAAGCCCUCGAAAGGACAGGAGGUUACCGUCCACUGCACGGGCUACGGGAAAAACAGGGAUUUGACGAAAAAGUUCUGGUGUAAGUUGCCAACAAGAGCAAUAUUAAUACCGCACCAAAUCCUGACUGUUCUAGAUCAAUGGAUACGAAUCCAUACCGACAAUGCUCUGACCGAACUGAACUUUCGUUUCUCGUUCUUUUUCCUGUUUUCCUGUUUUCCAAACUAACUUCGAACAUACCUUCUCCUUCGUCUGCAGCUACGAAAGACCCCGGACAGAAUGUCUUUAAGUUUACCGUGGGGAUUGGGCAGGUUAUCACGGGAUGGGACGAAGGUGUUCUUGGCAUGUCCCAGGGCGAAAUCGCCCGGUUGACCUGCUCCCCGGACUAUGCCUACGGGAGUGGUGGGUUUCCGGCAUGGGGAAUCAUGCCGAACAGCACGCUUGUGUUCGAAAUCGAGUUGUUGUCUUUUAAAUAAGACGUUCGUCGAUCGAGGCGAUGAGCUGAGUUGCGGAUUCAUCACAAGAAACGAACGCGAUAACUAUUUGCCUGGAACGCAAACGAAUCGAGUAAUGUGUUGGGCAAGUGUUAAAUKUUUUUAAAAAAAGAUAGUAUGCAA